AGCCAGCCAACACCCCCCUGCACCCCUGAGCCAGCCAACAGCCCCCUCCACAGGGGACAGGCCCCGUGCCCCCCCGUGCUGGCCAUCACCCCUCCCCGAGCCAGCCAACACCCCCCUACGGGGAUGUGACGGAGCACGGAGGGGGAGUGUUACGGGCACUCUCUGCAUCGGUGCUGGCUGGGGGGGACUCUCGGGGUGACUUCACUUGAGGGGCGACACCUGAGUGUAACCUGAGCUGGGAGGGGGCUGGGGCCAGGUGACCCCUUCUGCCUGGGACACUGGACAAAGGCUGGAGGGGGGGCUGGAGGAGGGGCUGGGGGGUGGUGGGGGUCAGAUUGGAGCUGGCUGGGGAGAUGGGGUCUGGGCUCCCCACCCCCAGGAUGGACCCAGCUGAGGAGUCCUGGUCUCUGUCCCUACGAGCUCCCCCGUGUUCCUGGCGGCGAAUAACCCUUCGCGGGGACUCGCAGGAAGUGGGGUGCAGGCCCCAACUUCCCCACACCGUGUGACAGUGCCCCCCCGAGCCAGCCAGAUUGGGGCCAGAUUGGAGCCAGCACCCCCUAGAGGGCAAACGCCCCUGCCCUAUCCCCCCCCAGCCAGGAGAUGGGGGGCUGGGGCUGGAAGAGGCUGGGGGGCUCAUUGGGCCUGGGAGGGAAAGAGGAGUCUGGCCUGUCUGUGUCUGGAACCCCCCCCACCCUAAGUCCCCCCCCUUAAAUUGGGGGUCUCAUCCCAGGUACUGCCAGAGAGAUUGAUACAACCCCCCUUCCUGGGGUCCCCCUCCCCUUCCCCACUUCCCCUCCCCCUCCCGGGAUUCCCCCACGUGGAGCAGCAGCUGUUCCUCUCCCCCGCGGGGGGCACAUGCGCCGGCUCCACAGGGAGAAAUGAGCAGCAGGAAGGGUCCAGGCAGCUCCCAGGGCAAGAAACCCAAAAAGAAACACAGGAAAGAAAAGGGACCAAGAGCCACGGCCCCCAGGGUGCCCCAGCCCCCCAGCCGCACGGAGCCCCCCCCCGCCCCUCCGCCGCCUCUGGCCCUGCCCCCCCCAGCCGGGGGGCGCCUGGGCUCCGAUGACGAGGAGCAGGAGGACCCCAGGGACUAUUGCAAAGGCGGGUAUUACCCGGUGGCGAUCGGGGACCUGUUCAACGGGCGCCACCACGUGGUCCGAAAACUCGGCUGGGGCCACUUCUCCACCGUCUGGCUCUGCUGGGACAUCCAGCGGAAGCGGUUUGUGGCGCUGAAGGUGGUGAAAAGCGCCGGGCAUUACACCGAGACAGCCAUGGAUGAGAUCAAACUGCUCAAAUGUGUUCGGGACUCGGACCCAAGUGACCCCAAGAGAGAGACCAUCGUCCAGCUCCUCGAGGACUUCAAGAUCUCGGGCAUCAACGGCGUCCAUGUCUGCAUGGUGCUGGAGGUGCUGGGGCACCAGCUGCUGAAAUGGAUCAUCAAAUCCAACUACCAGGGGCUGCCCCUGCCCUGCGUGAAGAGCAUCCUACGCCAGGUGCUGCAGGGCCUGGAUUACCUCCACACCAAGUGCAAGAUCAUCCACACGGACAUCAAGCCGGAGAACGUGCUGCUGUGCGUGGGCGAGGGCUACGUCCGGCGCCUGGCGGCCGAGGCCACCCGCUGGCAGCAGCUGGGGGGGCCGCCCCCCUCCGCCUCCGCUGUGAGCUCGGCCCCCCAGGGGAUGGAGAUGUCCAGGAACCGGCGCAGAAAGCUGAAGCGGAAGCAGAAACGGCAGGGCCGGCUGCUGGCCGAGCGGCUGCGGGACCUGCAGCGGCUGGAGGAGCUGGAAACGGGGCCCCCCCCCCCGCCUGGGGCUGACUCCGACACAGAGGAGGAGUGGCCCCUCCCCGGGCAGGGCAGCGUGGCCAGCAGCCCCCAGAGCCAGACCUCGUCCUCCGGCUUCCAGGCCCUGCCGCCCUAUGACGCCUGGAACGGCCCCUUGGGGGGCGCCCCCCCCCGCCGGCCCCCCAGCCCCGACUCGGCCACUUCCGGCUUCUCCAGCUCCCUCUUCUCCACGGCCUCCGGCUCGGGCAGCUCGGGCCAGCGGGAGCGUGGGGGGUUGCUGUCACCCAGCGCUCCGUUCAGCGCCUCCGAGUUCCUGGUGAACCCCCUGGACCCCCAAAACGCCGACCGCAUCCGAGUGAAGAUCGCGGACCUGGGCAACGCCUGCUGGGUGCACAAGCACUUCACCGAGGACAUUCAGACCCGGCAGUACCGGGCCCUGGAGGUUCUGAUCGGCGCCGGCUACAGCACCCCCGCCGACAUCUGGAGCACAGCCUGCAUGAUCACAUCGCCCACAUGGUGGAGCUGCUCGGCGAGAUCCCCCCCCACUUCGCGCUCUCGGGGCGCUACUCCCGGGAAUACUUCACCCGCCGAGGCGAGCUGCGGCACAUCCCCAGCCUGCGGCCCUGGGCGCUGGGCGCGGUGCUGCUGGAGAAAUACGAGUGGCCCCAGGAGCAGGCGGCCGCGUUCGCCCGGUUCCUGCUGCCCAUGCUGGACUUCCUGCCCGAGCGGCGCCCCACGGCCGCCCAGUGCCUGCAGCACCCCUGGCUGGGCCCCUAGGGACCCCGGCGUCCGGCCGCCCCCCGCCUGCAGUACCCCCGGCGUCCGGCCGCCCCGCGCCUGCAGCACCCCCGGCUGGGCCCCUAGGGACCCCGGUGUCCGGCCGCCCCCCAGGAACCCCGGCGUCCGGGUUGCCCUGUGCCGUGCGUGUCAGGGACCCCGGCGUCCGGGCUGCUCUGUGCCGGCGUGGGGCCGGUUGUCUGUGUUUAGGGGCAGAGCGUGGGGGGCGCUGCCCCCCCCCGGCCUGUGACACUUGAUUAAAUGGUUUGACAAA